GUAACGUUGACUUCUUCACUGUGUCGUGACGCAUUUUAUUCCUUAUGGGACCACCUGUUCUCGAUGGCGAUGUGGCUGGCGAUCGCAAUGGGCUCACUGAGGUCAGCAGAAUCGACGACGAUGACGAAGAUGAUGAAGUUGGUGAUGGUAAAGCAAUUGGUAACAAUGUCGAAGAUGGGAUACACGAAGGUAUGCAUGUUGUCAUUGUUGGUUCCUGUAUUAUUACCUCUAAAGUAUCAGAAAUGUUCUCCAAGGUUACCUCUCUUGUCUGCGCUCUCGAUUUUUGUACAUUGAUGCAUCUGAAUUCUCUUUGCAAGUCUUGUACUUGCUGCAAAAGUCGCUCUUUUUCAUUAUACUGUUCCUCAGUUCCCGAUCUGUAAAUCAACAUGUAGAAUAAGUGUCUCAAUGAAAAGUAGCGAAUAAAAAAUUGCAUUAAUGUAUUAUAUUUAAAAUUAUUAAUUGCUUGCUUACUUUCUCAAGUGCGUGUGGCCUUCUCUCGACCAAAUUUUUAACAGAUGAUCAACGUGUUCCUUGACGCAACGUAGACUGAAGUUCUUUUGCGUCGCGUUCACGACAUGCUGGGCAACGGCCUUCCACCUGUCACUUUCCUCGUACGGAUUCUGUCGCAAGACUUCCCGUAAAAGUAUCAAGUCUUCCAGAAUCGUGAAGCGUAAUCGCUCCGGUUUUGCCAUGGAAUCUGCAAUCUAGCGUGCACUAUCUCAUACGAAUAACCUGCUGCACCGAACGUUAUUCGCCACACGACAGCGUUUAAGUUUAUUGUAGCGAACCACCACGCCUUCCGAUAUCUUCUCUGUAAUAACAUAGCAACAUGGCAUUGUCAAGGGAGAGAUAUCGUCUCGCGACCGCGACUCCGACAAGCUGAUGAUGAUGAUGAUAGAUAUGUUCUUUUUGUUUACACUCGGAUUCUUUCUCCUCUCAAGUGCAGAAGAUUCUAGGUUUAAAUAAAGAUAUCUUCAUUAUCGACUGUGAAGCGAGGAUAAUCGAUCGAGUUUUGUUUUUUGCUAUACUUAUUGUUAACCUCCAAUAUCAAAAACGCAAAAUCUGGCGAAAAUUUGGAACCGCGCAAAUUUAGUUUGUAGCAAAAUUGAUUCUGUUGCAGCGUGUUAUCAAACUCCUUGUACGAUAGAAAAUGUUAGAGAUAACAUGCAACGACCGUCUCGGUAAAAAGGUUAGAGUAAAAUGCAAUCCGGAUGAUACUAUAGGGGAUCUGAAAAAAUUGAUUGCCGCUCAAACGGGGACGCAUUGGGAGAAGAUUGUGUUGAAGAAGUGGUACACUAUUUUUAAAGAUCACAUCAAGCUGCAGGAUUAUGAAAUACACGAUGGCAUGAAUUUAGAACUCUAUUAUCAAUAAUUUUUAUAAUAAGUGUAAAAUAAUAUCAUACUCGUACAUGAAGAGAAAGCUGUUUUCAUAAUGUAAUCAUUAAACUUUAUAUUUUCUUUUUUUAAUGCCUAAAUAUAUUAUGUACAUA